UAUCAAUUUUCUUACAACAGAGAAAAAUAUGUUAGAGGAACUUAAGAUUCACAAGGAACCAGAUAUUGAAGUUGUAAACUGUACGACUGUCAAGGUCUCUUGGGCUGGACAAGUUAGCAACAACAGCCACCUUAAUGGGUGCAGUUUUGAUCUACAAAUGUUCUCCAAGGCGUCACCAUAUAGCUCAAUUUACAGUGGUUCAGAUAAAGAGUUUAUUGUUAAGGAACUCAAACCAGGAACACAGUAUAAGUUUAGAUUACAGGCUGAAAAGGAGGGUGACAAGGGAGAUUUCUCUCCUGAAGCUCUUUGUGAUAUGCCCUGUUCAGUUCCAUCCACACCUAAUCAGCCUCAUGUUGGAAAUAAAACAAAGACAAGCUUUACUAUUAAAUGGACGGCACCAUCAGACAAUGGUUCCCCAAUCACAUUAUACAGACUGGAAUGGAACAAGGGUGAGAAGGGGGGUCCCUACACUGAGUGUUACUGUGGGUCCCAGAGACAGUUUAAACUGACACAUAAACUACCCCCUGCCACGCCUUGUUCAUUCAGACUUCAAGCUGUGAAUAGCAUAGGAGCUAGUAAAUUCAGCAAAGAUUUGAAGUGUGUCACCAGUGCAGGAGCACCAUCUUCACCCUCUCCUCCCACACUAGACAAAGCAGGUGUCAACUUCCUGAAUCUUUCUUGGAGUAAACCAGAAUCCAAAGGAGCUGAAAUAUCAGAGUAUUUGUUGGACAUGGAGGAUGGUAGUACUGGCUAUGGUUUCCGUCCGGCGUAUAGAGGAACUGAAACGACUUGUGUGAUUGAUAAGCUUCAAAGAAAUACUUGUUACAAAUUCAGGCUUCUUGCUUCUAAUUCACAAGGAAAAAGCAAGUGGAGUGAGACUGUCAUGUUUGACACUUGUCCAGAACGACCAGGGCAGCCAUCUCGGCCAGUUCUUGAAGGAAAACUCAGAUCAUCAGGAUUCACUGUUGCUUGGGUGCCACCAGAGGACAUGGGAGGCUCAGAGAUCUCAGCUUAUGUGUUACAAGCAGAUGAUGGUAAAGGAGGGCAAUUUACGGAGGUGUACAGAGAUCUGGGGUGUGAUUACACCUUUACUGGCUUAUCUCCUGGACAUCUUUUCAAAAUUCGCUUAGCAGCUGUUAGCGAUGGUGGUACUAGUGAGUGGUCCAAAGUGACAGAGAUCAGGACCUUACCAGUUGUACCUGGCCAAGCAAACCCUCCAGUCUUAUCAAAAUCUAACAAACCUCAGCCAAACACACUUGAUCUUCGUUGGGAUCCACCCAGUUAUGAUGGGGGUGCUGCUAUAUUAAGCUAUAUCAUGGAGAUGGAAACCCCUGGAACAAAGGAGUUCAGAGAGAUCCACCAUCUUUGCGACAAUAUGUGUACGGUAGCAGGACUUCAUCCAGGAAGGACGUACUCUUUUAGAGUAAAAGCAAAGAACAAGGCUGGGGUUGGCAAGGUGUCAGCAGUAUCUCACAUAACCACUGCACCAGGCUCCCCUGACACCCCAAGAGCGCCGGACACCUUAUGCCGCUCGGCUGCAGCUAUCAUCGUGUCCUGGGAAAGCCCGGCAGAGAAUGGUACACCAGUGACUGGAUACACUUUAGAAUGGAUGGAAGAUGAGGCGUUCACUGAGCUUUACAGUGGCCCAGACAAAACGUGUGAAGUCCGCAAAGGAGUCAGCCCAGCAAGCUUUUAUUACUUCAGGGUCAAGGCUCUUAGUGCAGUUGGUCCCAGUCUGUGGAGUCCAGUUAGUACUUGUCAAACCCCGGCCGCCUCACCUUCGGCUGUAACUUCAAUAAGAGUGGUACAAAAUUCUUCAUCUCAUGUGAGCCUGCGCUGGAGACAUCCGGGAAACAAUGGCGCCCCUAUUACGUCAUACAACGUAGAAGUGGCCGGCUUUAAAAACAUCAGUUUUGACGUCAGCAAUAGCGAAGGGUCUGAGGCCGAGGAAGAAACGACAUCUGUUUAUCAGGACUAUGACAUCAAUGAACUUCAACCUAACACUGUUUACAGAAUUCGUGUUCAAGCUGUAAACAAAAUAGGCUGUGGACCAUUUAGCGCCACCUUGUUUGCGUCCACUGGCGACCUCCCCCCUCCCGCUCCGCUGUUAGAACUUGCCACGCCUUCUUACCAGAGUCUAAAGCUGAGGUGGACGUCACGUGGCACUAAUGGCAAGACAGGCACUGCUGGUGUGACGUACAAACUUGAAAUGUUGGACAAAAACGGAAGCUUCGUUACUGUCUUCAACGGUCCAACGACAUCGCACAAGGUUGGCAAAUUACUGGAGAGGACCGAGUAUCAGUUCCGUAUUCAAGCCAGUAAUGACGCGGGGCCUGGGUCCUUCUCUGAUGUGGUGUCGUUUGUAACGAAUGCGCAGCCACCAAAUAUAGUCAAAGGGUUGAAGGUAGAGAACGUGACACCUUCCUCACUGAAUGUCAGCUGGGAGGCUGUACAAACUGUUAAGAAAGGAGAGCCAAUUGAAUAUUUGCUGCAGAGUCAGUGUGUUGGAAAGGACCCCGAUUUUGUGCAGGUGUACCAGGGGCCCAAUACAAAAUUCGAGUACAAUUCGCCCCCAGGUUCUGCUGAGGUUCGAUUUCGAGUUUGCGCACUACGUUUAAUGAAUGCUCCGAACCAGUCCCCAGGCUUCAUCAAAGGUGUCUUCUCCGCGGUUUCUUCCGCGAGGAUUAUGACACCGAAGAAGAGGAAGAUUUUGGAAAGCAGCGCAGAAAGUGAUGAUCGCAAACCGGAAAUCAAAGAGGCGACCAGGGUAGUUCUAACUGAUACGCAAUGGGCUAUGAUUUUCUUCUCGGGGUUUUCGUUGCUGGCGAUCAUAGUAAUCCUUCUGCUGCCUUCUCUUUUGGAGUAUCAGAUUAGUUAACUACUUUACCUUCAGAUUUCUUUUCCGUUCAAAAAAACGUCUCUAAAUCAUUUUGUAGGGCUUAGGAAAACCAAAGUGACUACUGAAAAGUAUUAGUCAGUACCUUUCAUUUAAAAUGGUCUCUCAGUAAGGUUUCAUCGCAGACGUUAAAAAGACCUACGAAGGGUUUUUUUUCAUCGAAAUAAGUAAGACUUGGUCAAAGUGCAGCUUCACACAGCUUUCAGUGAAGUGAUUUUAGUUCUAAUUGGGUCCAUGUUGUUUGCUUGGUUCCGGUUUCUCAAAGGAUGGAUAACGCUAUCUGCUGGAUAUAUCUCCAUCCUGUGGAUGGUGCAGUAUGUUUUUGUGGACACUUGUUCACUGGAUAGCGAUUUAUCCGUUGGAUAACGUUGUCCGCCCUUAGACAACUGGGCCCUGAUGGAUAUCGGUUAAAAGAUGCUAUUUGGUUAAUUGUGAAAGAAGGUUAAACACGGCGGAUGAAGGCAGCGCCUCCAGCAACAGUGAUGAACGUCAUAGAAAGCGAAUUCUUGUUUACGGGGUAGAACUUUACUGAACUGAUUACAUAUGAUGUUUAGGUUUCAAUCUCCAAGUUCUUAAAAUUACUAAAAAUUAAUUUGAUUUUUUACUGUUGGAAGUAAAGUGGACUUAUGUGCGAUAUUUUUUAUGUGCUUUUCAGUCUUAAAAUUCAACUCGGCUAUUAGGCGUAUUAAGUUAUAGUUAUUUUCCGAUAGCCAACGUAAGGUGUGCUGAAGGGAAACUAGGUAGCCUCUAGAGGUAUUUUAAGUAUAUCCUAAAUCAUUUCGAUGAUGAGAAAAUUGAAAACUGGAAUUUAAAUCAUUUAUUAGUAAAAUACUGGCAAGGCUCUUGUCCGUUCAUGUGUCGGGGGAUAUUCAAUGAGAAAACUGUCACGCAAAGUGUCACGCAAGACGUUCUCCUACUGUGGUAUAAACUGUGCGUAACCAAGAGAGGAUAUCAUGGAAGAAUGGUACUGUUUAUAUGGAGCCUCGAAGAUGCCUUGUGACGUAAAAAUAGUCUUAAUCAAUGAUAUUAUCUCCAAGAGCGUUAAUGACUAAGUAUGUCUUUAAAUAAUAAUUCAUGCAGAUCUACACUUUCGUAUGUAUUGAUAAAUUUCGUGAAGAAUUAUAUGAUGGGUUUGCUUUCAACCCGGCCACUUAAGAAAGAAAUCCUAUAUUCAACGUUUAUCGUAAUUCCUUUGUUUGUUAUGGAUUUGGAUUGGAUUUGGAACAAAUUAACUCGUUGUCCUUGAAGAGAAUGAAAUGUGUAGGAUUUGUUAUGAGAAAAAAGAAAAUGAAUUUGAGCUUUUUCUCCGGAAACCUGCAUCAGUCUUGUAAAUGUAAUCUUUUUCAGAAAACUUAUCGUUGCGAUGUAUAAUGGUAUUGUUCCUAGCCUCGUUAUCCAUAUUCUUUUGGCUGUUAUUCUUAGAGUGUUCUUAGCCUACCUUAGAAUAUAUGUCACUCUUUGGAAUGCCGUGUGAACAGUUUCAGCUGCGAAAAUUGAAAGCAUUUUUCGGUUGUAGGAGUAGGAAAGAAAGGCAAGUGAAACUGUGGAACCUUUAAGUACCAACCCUCAAAGGUUCUCACCUCACCGAAAAAUUUGAGCUCACGAAUCUUUAAUUAUGUGUGACUUUGAUAUUAUCGACUGAUAAUUCUGUAGUUAAUGUAGGUUAAUUAGUUCUUAAAUGCGUGACGUAUUGCAGUUAGGCUCGCAUCUCCGAGAACGGGUCUUUUGAGUAUUUGAAGCAUAUCUAAAGUUUAAUUAAUGUCGUAAUCAUCUCUUAAUGAGGUGGUCCGCUAUUUUGUGAAGUUCUUGCAAGUACCCCUUGAUAAAGUCAACAUUAUCGGUGCCCACUCUUAAGGACUUUCUCAGUUUAGUCUGUUUCUUGAAUGUCUUCAGUGUCUGCUGCUGAUUGAUAAAUGGUAGAUGUCUGGAUUUUUUUUUUUUGUGAAUACCGUAAAGGGAAGGUGAACACAUAGAAGAGCGUUUCAAUUGAGUGUCGUCAAAUAGAAGCCAGAGUAAUUACAACGGCCAAUUGG